GCAUUAAUGGGGUAGUGGUAACCUGGGUCGUUGCCAUCGACCCGCCGGGGGUUCGAUUCCCCCUUAAUGCAUGAGCCGUGUUCUUCAUUCAGCUCUUUACUCGGAUCAUCACACUACUAUUUUUGUAACUUCUGUGAGUGAGACCCCGCAUGCCAUGUAUGUAUGUACCGAUCGCCCUUUCCAUCACAGAUCGAACCCAUUAUGUAACAUGAGAUACUUAACAGGCUUCAGGCUAUUGCGGCUUCUGCCGGUCUUGGCUUUAUCUUGUCCUCGCCGAGGCGCCUUGCGAUCAUUGCGGCGUGCGCGCUGCUGCAUUGCCGCUGCUGCACCUGGCGUCGUGCCUUCUCUUUCUCUUCUGCAGCGUAUGUUCAGCUGAUCCGCCACAUCCGCAAUGGAGUCCAUCCCUAUGGCGAGGAUGCGCUCGCCGAACAGUGCAUCCCGUUCUGCUUAUGCGCCCCUUCCUACUCCUCGUGCUGCCGAAGAACUUCCUCCAGCGAACUCCCUUGAAAGCAUGGACGACGCACACGUACAAGAGAUUCACCCGGAGUGGAAGCGCAACCUGUACAUGCUCGUCGAGCGGCCAACUUCCUCGUAUCCCGCCUUCAUCAUCCACGUCGUCACUACGUCCCUCAUCGUCAUAUCCGCUCUUGUGACCGUCCUCGAGACCAUCCCGUCCUUCCACUCAAUCUCACCCCAAAUUUGGUUCGGCUUCGAGACGACGGUGGUUGUGCUGUUCACGGCGGAAUACGUUGCGAGAUGUCUGGCGCACUCAGCGAACGUAUGGACGUUUCUGAGAUGGUUUGGCUCAUUCUUCGGAAUCAUAGACUUGCUGGGUAUCCUGCCGUACUACCUAGAGAUAAUGCUCCACCAGGACACCUCAACCUUUUUCAGGUUCACUAUUUUGCGGACGUUCCGCUUGUUACGCGUAUUCAGGCCAUUCCGCCAUAAUAAUACGAUCCUACUGACGAUCGAGGUUAUGUAUCUGUCGUUCCGCCGCUCGCAGCAUGCCUUGUUAGCCCUUGCAUUCUUCGUAGUCAUGGUCUUAGUCGUGUUCAGCACCCUGCUGUAUUUCGCUGAACGUGGAACAUGGGACGAGGUCUUGGGCACGUUCAUCAACUCUGACGGUGACCCUAGCCAAUUCGCGUCUAUCCCAGCUGCUGCAUGGUUUGUGUUAGUCACAAUCACAACCGUUGGCUACGGCGAGAUCACUCCUCGUUCCUUCCUCGGACGGCUGAUCACCCUCCCCCUGCUUGUCUUCGGCUUGCUGCUCAUCGCGCUCCCGACCUUCGUGCUCGGACGCGAAUUCAGCUUAGUCUGGGAAAUGAUGAACGAAGACCAGCAAAUCUCCCGCGAAGAAGUAUUCAAUGCACACGCCCUCGACCCGCUUGCCUCCCCCACGCUCAUGCGGCGGCGUUCUGCGUCCUCGUCCGUGCAGCCUUGGCGCCACACGCAUGACGAGCCACAAGCGAGCGGCAGCUCCCCGCGAGAGAACAAGGAGCUCCGCGGGCAGAUAGCGGAGCUGAAGGCGGCCGUGGAGAUGCAGGGCGCACUGUUGCGCCGGCUCGUCGACGCCAUGGAGGGAGAUGCGCAGGGGCACGGGCAGAGGCGAGGGAAGCAGCGUUUUAGAGGGCCCGGUAACGAUGUACCGUAGAGCGUAAUCUCGACCCACGCAAUGUCCUCCACGCAGUGCUAGCAUAGAGGAUGUGUAGCAUCCUGUUGUAAUUAAUUACUUAGAAGAGUCAUCAGGGAGAAGAGCAAUGGGUUGAUACGUUGAAGCUGAAGCCUAAGGCGGCCACAAAAACUAACGAAAGCGGGGAUGCAUUAAGGGGGAAUCGAACCCCCGGCGGGUCGAUGGCAACGACCCAGGUUACCACUACCCCAUUAAUGC